UUUAAUAUAACAUUUCCAAUUAAACAAUUUUUAAUACAAUAUGGAACAAUUCACGGAUUUCCUUCUCCAUUACGGCAUCAGGACGAUUCUGGUGUUUUCAUUUAUCUUCCAACUGGACAAACUUUUGUUUUAGUUUAUAAUGAAUAUAAAAAAAAUUUUUAUCUUACUCACACCAAUCAGAAAAAAUCAUUUCUUAUUUUACCUUUAGAAGAUUAUGGCAUGAAAUGCUUAGAGAUUGGAAAGGUCUAUAUCUCAAAAAAGUCAGACAGAGAAGAAACUUCUUUUCAGUUAUUGCAUAAUAAUAAUUUUGAUGCAAAUG